AGCAGCAGUUUAUCUUAGCAAAUAUCGGAUUAAGAUGGCCAAGGUUAACGCCGGCGCCGCCCUGCUGUCUCUGUGCCUGCUGCUGGCCUGUUCUGCGGGAGGCACAAAGGCCGCCUACGUGGACGUGGAGGGCACCGUGAGGACAGAAGUAGAGAAGGCCAUCAAGAGCAACCCCGGCAUCGGCGCCGCCCUCGUCCGGCUGGUGUUCCACGACUGCUGGGUCAAUGGUUGCGAUGGAUCGGUGCUCUUGGACAAGACGCCAUACGGUACCAACACCGAGAAGAAGGCGAUCAACAACAUCGCCCUGGAUGGCUUCAACCUCAUCGACACCAUCAAGUACAAGCUGGGCGACGGCGUCUCCUGCGCCGACAUCGUCGUCUUCGCCGCGCGAGAUGCGGCCAGGUACCUGAGUAAUGGCAAGAUCGCCUACUCUGUCCCCUCGGGGCGCAAGGACGGCAUCAACUCGUCGGCCGCCGCCGCAGACGCCGUCCUCCCGCAAUCCACCUUCGAGUUCCAGCAGCUCGUGGACAACUUCGACAAGAAGAAGUUCACCCCGAGGGAGCUCGUCAUCCUCUCCGGCGCGCACUCCAUCGGCGUCUCGCACCUCUCGUCCUUCCAAGACCGCCUCAACAAAUCAACCGCGACCCCGAUCGACGACAACUACAAACAGGCUCUUGUCGCAGACGUCGAGGCCCAGAAGAAGAGCCAAAAUACACCAGACCCGAUUGAGAAGAACAACAUCCGCGACAUGAGCUCGAGCUUUCAGACCACCGCCGGGUACGACCCCACAGGGGUGAACACCGCGGCCAAGGGCGCCCUGGACAACAGCUACUACCACGCCAACCUGCAGAACAGGGUGCUCUUCAAGUCCGACUGGGUUAUGCGCACCGACACCGACGCCGGGAACGCUAUGGCCGAGUACAUGGAUAACGCCACCAAGUGGAACAACGACUUCGCCGCCGCCAUGGUCAAGCUCAGCAAGCUCCCGGCCGAGAGUAGUACCCGUUACGAGUUAAGGAAGAACUGUAGAGUCACCAACCAGAACUACUAUUACUAGAAGCAACGGCAUCACCUACAGGUGCCAUGGAUGCAAUGAUUUGUAUUUUGAAGGCUCUGUUCCAUGCCUAAUUUGUAAUACCACAAUACUCACUGCAAAAUAAAAUGACAAUAAAAUAAUACACAUGCUUACAUA